AUGGCGACCAUAUCUGCGGCAGAAAUUCCUACAGUUGCCAGCCUCUACAACCUGAAAAAACUCACCCCUGCGUCGAUUGAUUCAAAGACCGCUGCAGUUACAGCAACACCGUCACAAUCAUUUAAUGACCGAAUCGGGCUCAUUCGAGGAGACAUAACAACUUUAAGCGUCGAUGCCAUAGUCAACGCUGCGAAUAACUCGUUACUGGGAGGUGGAGGAGUUGACGGUGCUAUACACAGAGCUGCAGGACGUGGGCUACUAGCUGAGUGCCGGAAAUUGAAAGGAUGUCAAACUGGCUUCGCGAAAAUCACAGACGCGUACGAGUUGCCUUGCAAGAGGGUUAUUCAUGCCGUUGGGCCUAUCUACGAUUCGCGGGAGGUGGAUGAAAGCGAGGAGUUAUUAGCAAGCUGCUACACAACGAGUUUGGAAUUAGCUGUCGCCAAUGACUGUAAGAGUAUUGCUUUUAGCGCUCUGAGCACGGGAGUUUAUGGCUAUCCUAGUGACGAAGCCGCGCCGGUUGCAAUCAAAGCUGUGAAGGAUUUCCUAGAGGGGGAAGAUGGAGGUAAACUACAAAAGAUUGUGUUCACAACUUUUGUGCCGAAGGAUGUUGCUGCCUACAACAAAUGGCUUCCACAUUUCUUUCCUCCUACCGACCAAGAUUUAGGCGUCGACGCUGAAGAAGAAGACUGGGAGGAAGUCAAGGGUGGAGAAUCUGCGGAUAAUGGUCCUGUCGAAAAGGUCGAUGAAGCUGCCAAAGAUUCUUCGAACAGUUCCCUUUGA